CGUGUCCCGUUCGAAAAUACUACAGGAAAAGUGGGGUAGUUGAUAUAUUUCUAAAAAACCCCGGCUAGUUUAAUUUCUCAUUUAAAACCAAUCGCUACUCCAUAAAAACUUUCCUCGAUUCCUAACAGUUAACAGACAAAAAAACAUAUACAUUCACUAGCGAGUGUUAGAAAAUGGUGAUAAGAAACUACUAAAAUGCAAGAAAACAACGGGGAAAACAAGGAGGAAAGCCUGAUGAGCGUGGGGUUUUCCAUAUGGCUGACCGUCUGCGUGUUCAUGGGCUUCUGGCUGUGGAGCAUGUUCGUAAAAGGCCGGAGGAAUUUCCGCAACAAUUUGCACGUCAUCGAAGAGGGCCUGAGGCGGAUGCAGGAAGACAUCGAAAAGAGACAGCGCGAAAAUAGCAUAGGAUGCGUGGAAGAAGUCGAAGACAUCGGGGAAUUCCUCAGGAAAUUCUACGAGGAAGGUAACAAGUCAUUUACGCGGAAAAUGCGUACACAGAAAGUAGGCGUAGACGUGUGGAAAAUGGCCUUUUCCUCGUGCGAAUACGUCGCAUUGGCCUUUUUCGCGUACGUUUUGCUGAAACUCGUUCACGCUUGUUUUUGGUUUCCCGGUUACCUGGGAAAGCCCGAUGAGCAGUCGAAGGUUCCGCGGCCUCUUACUGAUGGCGCAGACGGCGAGGCCGAGGGAAAGGAGACGGUGGAAAAUGGAGAAAACGCCGAGGAAAUGUUGAUGGUAGAAGAUAAGAAGACGAUUUGA